AUGUUGGCACUAAGAGUCAGAUCGUGUGCAAAAAACGUCCAAUUAGCGCGCGGCUACCACAGAUUUGCCGCCAACAACCUGAAAACACCAAAGAUGAGAAAAGAGUUCCGACUGGCGUUUGUUUCUGGCCUGUUGCUCGCAACUUCCUACGUCUCCCUAACAAACAACAACCUUCGGUCCGAUUCGCUGCCCAGCCAGAAAUCCGCCGCCACCGAGCAGAAACAGUACUUUUCCGUGUCCACAAACUCACUUGACGGGAUCUCGUCCCAACAGAACAAACAGGGCAUCUAUUUGCUCACCGACGACGAGGUCAGCAAGCGUUUGAGACAGUAUGAGGAAUCGUACAAUGUCAAUCGCGGAAAAGGCGUGGUCAGAUACGAUAUCUGUCAAUUGCCAAGUAACAACCCCAUUGAAGACGAUAGAAGCGAGAAGAUCGUCCAGGUGCCCGUUCAGGAUAGAGAGAACAACAACGCCCGUGUUGAAACAGACUGGCACUUCUGGUCUAUUUUCGACGGCCAUGCUGGCUGGAACACCUCGGCCAAGUUGAGAGACCAUUUGCUGGACUACGUGAUCAACGAGCUUGAUCAGGUCUACAAAGUUAGUGACAAGAAUCUCAGAUUGAUUCCUUCGAACGAAGCCAUCGACAAGGCCAUCAAACAGGGUUUUUUGAAAUUGGACGACGAGUUGGUCAACAAGAACGUGCAGAAAUUGCUGGAUUUACCAGGAAGUAAGGCCCGUGCAGCUGAGCUGCUGAUGCCCGCUCUGUCGGGAUCGUGUGCCCUGAUGUCAUUCUACGAUACACACUCGCACAGCCUGAAGGUGGCCGUGACAGGCGAUUCGCGUGCCUUGCUGGGAUCACUCGACAACGAGAAUCACUGGACAGUGACCGCGUUGUCGACCGACCAGACGGGUUCCAACCCAACAGAGGUGGCCAAGCUUCUGAGCGAACACCCAAACGAGCCGAACGUGGUGAGAAACGGAAGAGUGCUUGGAUCGUUGGAGCCUUCAAGAGCGUUUGGAGACGCCAGGUACAAAUGGGACAAAGGCACACAGACCAAAGUGGCUAACCAGUUCUUUGGAAGACAGCUGCCUGCCAACUUGAAGACCCCGCCAUACGUGACUGCCGAGCCGGUUGUCACCACGCACGAGGUUUCUCCAUCAAAACACGAUUUUCUGGUGAUGGCUUCUGACGGUCUGUACGAGAUGCUCACCAAUGAGGAGAUCGUUGGAUUGGUGGUGAGAUGGAUGGAGAACAAGAAGAUGGUGAAGCCAAAGAAGUCGUUUGUGGACACCAUCUGGCCAAGCUCGAAAGAUAAACUACCUCUUGUGGAGGACGUGACCGACACCGGGUCAAAGAGCAAACAAAGAUUACAGACCAAGCGGAAGUCGAACGAGCUUGGGUUCCUACUAGAAGAUGAAAACGUGGCCACACAUUUGAUUAGAAACGCACUAAGUAAUGGCGGGUCCAAGGAGGAGGUGAACAUGCUUGUGAGCAUUCCUUCGCCGUUGAGCAGACGCUACAGGGACGACCUGACGGUGAGCGUGAUCUUCUUUGGCGAGGGCGAGAAGCACGUUUCCAACAGCGCGCUCGAGAUCAACCAAGAGGCCACCAAGGGCGGACUGACGAUGAAGGCGAAACUGUCUAUUCUUCCUGAGGAGGAUGGUUGGUCUGCUGGUUUUGCGGCCUCUUCAGGUAUUUGUUUUCCAAUUGCUGUGAACACCUCGUUGACGUUGAGAGCUGAUUUUGCACUAGUUUCGAAAAAUAAUAAACCUUCUUCGUCUGCCAAAGCCUGGCCUUCUUCCACAGACACGCUUCUGCGACCCUCGAUCUCGUCUCCUGUUUCCGGGUCCACCAAAAGAUCGUAUUUGUUACCCACCAACGCAAUCACAAUGUUCUUUGAGGCUUGUUCGUUACAAUGGAGCCAGAUUGGCAAAUCUCUCUUGUCCCGCGGUAUCCCAGAUUUCAAACUUGAUGGUUUUGGUUCCGAUGGUGCAUCUUUGAGUAAGGAAGGCUGCGCCGAUCGUUGGUUCUUUGUUUUCCUGGAAAUCGUUGGAAACGAACCGCAGAACCAGCGACGACUUUCCCACAGCGGCUUCUCCCAGAAGGACAAGUUUGACUGA